CUUCUAACUUAUUGUAGUAUGUUAGCUUAAUUCAAAAUAUAUAAAUAUGGCAAUUACAAGAAAUAAAUCUUUCAAACAAUGUCAGUACAAGCAAAUUCCAGCCAAUCCAAUACGAUUAAUAUUUGAAAUAUUGUUGUGCAUUUUACUUAUAAUACCGGCUGUUAUGUGGGCAACAAUAAAAUUAUUUUAUAAAUCUCCACAAAAAAAUAUUAGCGGACAAGUUGUUUUGGUUACCGGGGCCGCUAGGGGUUUGGGCCGCGAGCUUUGCAAAAGGUUUCACACGCUGGGCGCCAAAGUUGCUUGCGUUGACAUCGACGGUGAAAGGUGCGCCGAGACGGCGUUAAUAAUCAAUCGAAAAGGCGGAACGGCGAAGAGUUACAAAGUCGACGUGACCGACCGGCAACAAAUAAAGACCAUGCACGAGGCCGUUAUAAAAGAACUAGGUCCUGUGGACAUAGUGGUGAACAACGCGGGCAUUGUAUUGGCCCAUAUGUACGUCAAUCCCGAAUCAGAUCAGCUUAUCGAAAACUUGAUCAACGUCAAUCUCCUUGGACAAAUUUGGAUCAAUAGAGAAUUAUUGCCCUCGAUGUUGGAACGAAAUCACGGACAAAUUGUCGCUAUAUCAUCUAUGUCAUCGAUGAGUGGAUUGUCUGGAAUAUCUACGUACACAGCCACCAAAUGGGCGACAAAUGGCAUGAUGGAGAGUUUGCAUAAUGAACUGAGAGAACUGAAAUCAGCCGUCGUAUCAACAACGGUGUGCCCGUAUUUUAUAGAAACUAAUCCGGAAAUAUCUAAACAUUUAAAGCUCAGAUUACCAGAAAUGCCCACAUCUUUUGUUGGUGAAAUCGUCAUGAAUGGUAUACUAGAAAAUCGAAGAAUUUUUUCAGUUCCCAAUCACUUUAUGUUUCCGGUUAAACUUGUAAGAAUGUUACCCGAUAACCUACAGCGGUUAAUCAACAGGAUAUUUUAUGUGAAUAUCAUUGGAUUUCCAAAAGAUAUAGAAUUGAUGAACAGAUAUCGGCAAUAGAAAUGUUGAAGAAAACUGAUAGAUGAUAAUUAAUAUAUUUGUGUUUAUUUGUGGUGAAAAAAACAACUUCUAGACUCUAUAGUUGCACACAUAUAAAUAAGUCAUAUAGAGUAUAAUAUUAAUUAUUUACCAUCAUGAUAAACAAUAAUAAAAAUAUAGGUAGGUAUAGGUACCUAUCUGAAUAAUAUAAAGGUAUAAAUAUAUUAAUAUAAUAUAAUAUAAUAUAAUAUUGAACACUAGACAACAAUAAAUAAAUAACCAAAAAACCAAAAAACCAAAAACGAUUAAUAACGAUUACCUACUUAAACCCCCUUCCAAAAUAUUAAUUUUUUUUUUAAUUUGUUAUGCAUGUAUUAAAUUUUAUCAUAAAUGAUAAAAUUAAAAAUACAAAUUAUAUAUAAAUAUAUGUAUAUUUUUAUCAAAUUACUUCAAUGAGAUUUGUGUAAUGAACAGUAAUUAAGACUGUUAAGAGUAGUUAUGUUUUGUCAUAUAUAACUCAUAAGUCUUGGAAAAUACUCAGUAUAAUAAUACAAUAAUAUAUUAUGUAAAUUUUUUUUUUUUAAUAUAUAUAAAGUUUUAUCGACUAAUGCUGUAGUUUUAACUUAUUGAUAAAUGAUAAGCAAUUCAUUUGGGAAAUUAAAUAUACGAGUACUAUAAUAUAUUUUUAAAACUUAAAUGUUUAUUUAACAAACUUUUGAAAAUUGGAAUAAUUUGAUGAAUUUAUGAACAAUAUAUGAAUGUAAUACCUAUGUAGAAAAAAAACACAUUUUUCCCAGAAUAGAGAUAUCAUUGAAGGAACAGGGCAUGCCCUGCAGUAUUUAGGGAGGUAAUGGAUCCAGAUAUCCUCGUUUGAUACUCAUAUUUUGUUCGUACAUAAUACGUAGGUACGGUUAGAUACGUACACAUUAUUUGAAAAAAUAUUAUAUUAAUUUGUUAAGUUUAAUUUGUUAUUUAUUAAUGCUAAAUGGAUUGACCUUAUUCUUUUAUCAUAUCACCUAGACCAAGAAGAAGAAACAUUAUGAACACAGAUGAAAUUAUUGAAGAAUUUUGCUUAAAAAAAAAAAUUUUUAUUUAAAAAUAUAGACAAUUUUAGUACUAUAAUUUAUUAAUUUAUUAUUGUUAUUAUUAAGUAAAGCAUCGAUCAUCAACAAUUUAAUUUUCUCUAUUUCUCUGC